CGUGCGGCAUCUGUCAGGAUUUAUUGUCACAUUGAACACACAUUUUCUACCAUUUCAAUUACACAAGCGGAUUCCUGAACUCAUCUCAUAUGUUUGCAAUCGAUCAAAUUGUGCGCUACCUAGUCAAAAUCUCGUAAGCUCAAGGAGUUGCGAUCGUAUCUGAAUCAAAGGCGCCUUUCGGAAUGACACACGCGACGACACCACCACACAAUGGCCAGCAGACCCGUAACUCCGGCAUGCUCGAUCCGGCGAACAUUGAUCAGAUGAUAUUGACGAUUAUCGAGGUGCGUCGCGUUAAGCAGCUGCAUCUCACAGAGGCGGACAUACGGGGGCUCUGCCUGCGCUGCAGAGAUGUCUUCCUCCAGCAGCCCAUGCUGCUGGAGCUCUCGGCGCCAGUAAAGAUCUGCGGCGAUUUGCAUGGCCAGUUUACGGACCUGCUGCGCAUGUUCGACUACGGCGGCUAUCCGCCGGCCUCGAACUAUCUGUUUCUGGGCGAUUACGUUGAUCGAGGCAAGCAAUCGAUUGAGACGUUGUGCCUCCUGCUGGCCUACAAGGUCAAGUUCCCGCAGAACUUCUUUGUGCUCCGUGGAAAUCACGAAAGCGCUGGCAUCAAUCGCAUCUAUGGCUUCUACGACGAGUGCAAGCGGCGCUACACGAUCAAGCUGUGGCGCACCUUUGUCGACUGCUACAACUGCAUGCCAGUGGCGGCCAUUGUGGACACUAAGAUCUUCUGCUGUCACGGCGGCCUCAGUCCCGAGCUGAACAGCAUGGCGCAAAUCACCAAGCUGCAGCGCCCCUGCGAGGUGCCCGACAAGGGCCUGCUCUGCGACCUGCUCUGGGCCGAUCCGGAUGCCAAGAUCAUGGGCUGGAGCGACAACGAUCGCGGCGUGAGCGUCACCUUCGGUGCGGACACGGUGGGCAAGUUUGUGCAUCGCUUCAAGUUCGAUCUGGUCUGUCGCGCCCAUCAGGUCGUCGAGGAUGGCUACGAGUUCUUUGCCAAGCGUCAGCUAAUCACCAUCUUCUCGGCCCCGAACUACUGCGGCGAAUUCGAUAAUGCCGGCGCCAUGAUGUCCGUCGAUGAGUCGCUAAUGUGCUCGUUCUUUGUGCUCAAGCCAUCCAAGAAAGUUGGCCUACGGAAAGUGGAACACCUUUUAGGCUUGUAACAUAUCAUGGACAUGGAAAAUUGAUUGGUUUUUAGAAGUAUAAGGUGUAUAGCAGAAUUAUAUCUAGUUGUAAUAAAUUCAUAUUCAUGACCCAAAGACUGUCAUAAUUUUAGUAUGAACAAGAAGA